GACAAAGUGUCCGAACUCCGAAGUGUCGCCGGUCGUUUGUCAAACGAUAAAAGUGCUGUUUUAUUAUCUACUUAUUAUAUAAUUAAAAAAAAUAUAUAUUCUCGCGUUUACUCCUCUUCUGUGCUGUGUUCGCUAUGUGUCCCAUUGCGAUGGAGUAUAAUACUGUCUACAGCAGCAGCAGGAAAUCGCUCAACAACAACGAAGAAUGGGAUCUACCGGCCGCCGAAAAGUCGCUGUUACAAAAGAUUGUGCGCACCGGCCUUGUCACGUCCAAACAUGAUAUCGAAAUACAAAGGCGCGAUCCCAAUUCACCAUUGUACUCCGUCAAGUCUUUCGAACUUCUCAAACUUCAUCCAAGUCUGUUAAAAGGAGUUUAUGAAAUGGGAUACAAUGCUCCAUCCAAGAUACAAGAAACAGCACUACCUCUGCUUUUGGCAAAUCCGCCUCAAAAUUUAAUUGCCCAGUCACAAUCUGGUACCGGUAAAACAGCAGCGUUUGUACUAGCCAUGUUGAGUAGAGUGGAUCCAGAUAAUCAACAUCCUCAAGUGAUUUGUCUAUCUCCCACUUAUGAGUUGGCAAUCCAAACUGGUGAAGUUGCAGCGAAGAUGUCCACUUAUUGUCCAAAUAUAAGACUGAGAUAUGCUGUUCGGGGCGAAGAAAUUAAAAGGGGUUCAAAAUUAACUGAGCAAAUUGUUGUUGGUACACCUGGAAAAGUAUUAGAUUGGGUUACGAAAUACAAGUUUUUCGAUCCGGCGCAAAUAAAAGUAUUUGUUUUGGACGAAGCUGAUAUUAUGGUAGACACUCAAGGACAUCAGGAUCAAAGUUUCCGCAUUAGAAAAAUUUUGCCAAAAACUUGUCAAAUGAUGUUCUUCUCGGCUACAUAUACUGAUGAUGUCAUGAGAUUUGCUAAUGCUAUUGCUCCGAUGUCGGUCAUUAUAAGAUUGAGAAGGGAAGAAGAAACGUUAGAAAAUAUCAGACAAUAUUAUGUCAUCUGUAACAGUAAGGAAGAUAAAUAUAAUGCAUUAGUAAACAUUUAUGGUGGGGUAACCAUAGGACAAGCCAUGAUAUUUUGCCAAACAAAAAAAAUGGCUUUGUGGCUAGCGAAACAAAUGACCGACCAAGGACACGCUGUAACGUUAUUGACCGGGGAACUCACUGUGCAAGAAAGAAUUGUCGUGCUGGAUGACUUCCGCGAAGGCAAACAGAAAGUUCUAAUCACUACCAACGUAAUGUCUAGAGGAAUUGAUAUUGAACAAGUGACAAUUGUUAUUAAUUUCGACUUGCCCAUGAAUGUUGACCGUGAACCGGAUUACGACACAUACUUGCACAGAAUCGGUCGUACUGGUCGUUUCGGCAAGAGAGGCAUUGCGAUUAAUCUAUUGAACGGAGGUAACGACUUGAUCAUAAUGAAACGAAUAGAAGCCCACUUCUCAAAACCAAUUGUGUGCUUGAAUACUGAAAACGUCGACGACAUGGAGAAGCUUGGAGCGGACUAAAUUUGUUAUUUAUUGUUGUGUGUCCGAUUGUAAGCGAUUACAAAACUCAACAAUAAGUGGUUUUUUUUUUUUGUAAUCUGGACGUCUCAAUUAUUAAGAUACUUUAUUUUUAUUAUAUUCCAGAUAGGAAUAACAAACGAGUGGUUGAUUUAAUUUUUAAUUAUAUGUUUAUUUUCUAUUAGGUUACAUUAUCAAUUUCUGAUUUUUAUGUAUAACCUAUUUUGGCAUAAAGGUUUCUAAAUGUAUUGUUAUUGUUUUAAAAGAAAAGUGUAUUU